UAUUAAGGCGACUGAGGCCUCACCACGAAAAUGGCGCAACCAGAAUAUGCUCAGACACCAAGGAACUCUGUGAAUCGCAAAAAGCAAAUUGCACACUAUGAUUACCAAACAAUCCAUUCCAUCAUCGACACCGUCCCAGUGCUUCAUGUCUCAUUCAUGCCGAAGGAUGAGCAAGAUGGCUUUCCGACCAUCCUCCCAAUGUUAGGCUGCACAGGGAAUUUCGAAACCCGAUAUCUCCCUAACAGCCAGGCUGCCGAACCCGGCACCGACGGUCCUGGAGCCUUUCCUGAGGAUGACAACCGCUCUCCCGAUGAGCCUGACCCGUCUCAGGGCCCUCGCACGAUAUACAUUCACGGACACGUAUCUGCGCGUCUAUUGAAACUGCCAACUAGUGACGACCCUGCCCCAAGCCCUGCGCCAGUGUGCAUCGCAGCCACGCACAUCGACGGCCUUGUGCUGGCGUUGACGCCCUUCCACCACAGCUGCAACUACCGCAGCGUCGUCGUCCACGGCCUUGCGACCCUCGUGAUAGACCAGGACGAGAAAGACUACGCCAUGCACCUGAUCACCGACAACGUGCUGGCGAUGCGGUGGGCGAACUCGCGAACUCCGCCGACGAAGGCGGAGUUGCAGAGCACGUCGCUCUUGCGGAUUGAUAUCGUCAACGCCAGCGCUAAGAUCCGCAUUGGGGGACCGAGUGAUGACCGGCAUGAUUUGAAGGACGAGGAGGUCACCGGUGGGGUUUGGGCGGGGACGGUGCCGAUGUAUUUGCAGUAUGGGGAGCCGAUCGAGAGUAGCUAUAAUCAGGUCAAAACGGUGCCGCGAUAUCUCGAGGAGUGGAGGAGGAAGGAGAAUACGGAAGCGAAGGAGAAUGCUGAGCAGGCUGUGAGGGAGGUGAAGAAGAAAUGAGUUUCGAACGCUCAACUUACCAUGUAUUCAUGUGUCGGUUAAGAUGGCUUAAGUCGCGACGACUAGACCUCUUCCCCAUGUGGGCGUCGUCAUUGCAUAGAUGCUCUCCUAGAUACUAUCAUGCCAACUAGUGUAGACUUUCGUUCCUUG